AUGCAGGACAAGACUACCAAACUAGCAACCACAUCCCUUGGGGCGGGGUUAAGGAUAAACCAUAAGAAGACCAAACUGAUGAGGAUAAACACCUCAACCAACAACCCAGUCACAGUAGAAGGCAAUCCCAUACAGGAGGUUGACUCCUUCACCUACCUCGGCAGCAUCAUAGAUAAUCAGGGAGGCACAGACAGCGAUGUCACUGCGAGAAAAAGGCAUUUAACCGAAAAACUCAGAGGAGUUGAAACGGAGAGAGAUGUUUUACUAGAUGAGAAGGAACGUCAGCUUCAGAGCGCCACUGAUGAAUUGGAAAAGCUGAAUUGCGCCGUGACGUCUCUGAGUGAGGAGCGAGCUCAGCUGCAGGAGAUGUUGGAAAUGCUCAGACAGGACAAAAAUGAGCUCACGGCCAAGCUCGAGCAUGUGACUGAAACAUUUCAAACGGAGAAAAUGUAUUUAAUUGAGAAGAUCAAAGGGAUCGAAGCCGAGCUGGAAAGUCGACAUCAGAGCUCAUUGGAGGAGUUAAAGAAGCUCAAUUGCAGAGUGAAGGCUCUCGGUGAGGAGCGCGCGCAGUUGCGGGAGACGUUGGAAGAAGUUGAGCGUGAGAAAAAACAGCUUGAAACGGAGCUGCAGGACAAGGUCUCCACAAUGCAAGAGAGCGAGAACAAGCACAAGCAGUCCAGGUUGCUGCAGCAGGUCGAGGCGAGAAAAUUGGAGAGCGACCUUCGACAAGAGGUGCAGCAGCUGGAGCAGCUCAAAAGCAUCAAGGAAAAUCAAACGGUGGUUCAAACUGAGGCGACCACGUCACAGCAGUUGCUGGCGGAAGCAAACGCAACCGUGGCCAUACUCAAUGAGAAGCUUAAAAGUUGCGAGCAGCCUCCAAGGUGACGGGACAAUCCAGGCUG